AUGGCUAUGAACAAAAAAGAGCCCGGGACCAACGAGGAAACAGUGAGCUAUUACGGGGCAAUUUCGAGGCAUGAAAGUAGUAGUGAAGCAGAGGGUAUACCCAGUGCCGACGUCUCCACCUGUUCUCGAACAGAGUUUCGGGAAAUCAGUCGUACGGCAGCUCCGCUGGUCGUGACAUAUCUGCUCCAGGCGUCACUGUCGUUCAUGACCGUGGUUUCUGUAGGACGGCUGAACGCCCUAGAUCUAGGUGGAGUUUCGCUGGCAAAUGUCACAUUUACAGCCACAAUGGCAAUUUUUCAAGGCCUUGCGACCUGUCUCGACACACUGUGCCCGCAGGCAUACGGCAGUAGGCAAUACCAGCUGGUGGGUCUAUAUUUCCAGCGAUGUUUGGCCAUCAGCGUGCUGUUUGCCAUCCCUAUCGCACUGCUAUGGUGGUUUUCGGCUCAUGUGCUGCCUUUAGUCGUAGACGAUUCGAGACUGGUGGUCAUUGCAGCACGCUUCCUACGAGUUAUGAUAGUGAGUAUUCCCGGCUUCGUGGUUUUUGAGUGCGGGAAGAAGUAUCUGCAAGCUCAGAAAGACUUCGUCACAGGCCAGUAUAUACUGUUUGUGUGUGCUCCUCUGAACGCACUUGCCAACUACCUCUUUGUUUUCCGCUUUGGGAUGGGCUACAUUGGUGCCCCCAUCGCUACGUCGCUGACUUUCACGCUGAUGGGUGUCUCAAUUAUUGCCUGUAUUUGGUACCACACCGGAAAAAACGGCGAACUGGAGUGUUGGAACUCGCUGUCCAAUUGGAGACCGAUCUUUACGCAUUGGCGGACGAUGAUUUCCCUUGCUGUUCCUGGAAUUGUCAUGAUAGAGGCUGAAUUUUUGGCAUUCGAGUCUUUGACGGUACUGGCGGCCAAUUUUGGAACCGAUGCCCUGGCUGCGCAAUCCGUUGUUGCAUCUAUCCAAGGGCUGACAUUUCAAAUUCCAUUUGCCACAGGCGUAGCAGGCUCCAAUAGAAUUGCAUACUAUGUUGGGGAAAAACAAACCAACAACUGCAAACUAGCUACCAGGUCGACCUUGAUGCACAUUGGGGGGAUCUUAGCGGUCGCCAACUUUCUCUUUUUGGUAGGUGGUCGAAACUAUUUACCGUCGUUUUUCAGCAAAGACGAAAACGUCGCACGUCUGGCGUCAGAAAUAUUGCCCAUAAUAGGUGUGAAUCAGUUUGCUGAUAUUUUCAAUGUUUUGGCGGCGGGUGUUCUUCGAGCACAGGGUCGCCAGCGAAUCGGCGGAGUCUUGAACAUUAUCGCCUAUUACGCAGUGGGUAUACCACUGGCUCUGACUCUUGGAUUUUGCACUGAAAUGCGGUUGAAAGGAUUUUGGACUGGACUCGGAUGCGGCAUAGUUGUCUUGGCCAUCAGUGAAGUGUACUGUGUGUGGAACUCGGACUGGCCCCGGAUUAUACACGAUUCUCACCUCUUACACAAGAUAUCCGAGAACGAUGAAGAGUGA